UUUACACUUUUGGAUAUUAAACCAAAACCCUGAAAUAUAAAUCUCCCAGAAAAGCAAAAAAUAAAUAAAUCAAAAAAUAGCAAUCUCAUUGUUGUGCUCAACUAUUAAACCAAGCAACUGUAUCUAAACAGAUGACAUGGAUAAAGUCGCUUAACUUGCCAGACAGGUAUGUGACUCAGACAAAAUAUUCAAGGAAGUUAACUGAUGGGGUUUAAUAAAUGGUCUAUCUAUGUGCAGACGUACAGUAAGGUAAUCCUUCCUUUCAGACAAGAGCGCUUUUUUGGAAGCUAGAAGACAAAGAGAGCCAGGAUGGCUUUACCAGAAACAAUAGGAUUCAUGGUUGUUCUGGUUAUAUACUACAGUCUGGACAAACAGGCGUACAGCCAGUCUCUGAAUGUCCUCUCUAAGGAAUCGAUGGGGACAAAAGAAUCACUCAUUCAUCCCAGAGAAAAAAGAGCGAUUUCCUUAAGUUCCUCUGAUUAUGAAUUCCAAGUUGUUAUUAAUAUCUCGGACCUGGAGCAUCUCCGAGCACUUUUGGGCACACAAAGUUUUCCUUUGCCGAUCAACGACUCUGCUGCAAUUACCAGCAUUGAAGCCACAACAGUGUGUUCAUCAGAUGUGACUGGAUACCAGUGCAGAUGUGAGCAGAACUUUGCUUGGUCAUAUAACACCUGCAUUAGCUAUGGAGUCUGUGAUGCUGUCAAUGACAACACAUGUGGAUGCAUCAGUGCCCUUCCAGCUGAUGGCCAGUACUGUCAGCCAAACACCAGUCAAACAGAGCCGACACCAUCAUCUACACCACCAAACGACCCAGUGGACAUUGAUAUAGUCCUGGACAUCCACAUCCCAGUCCUGAGUGUACCAUCAAAUUUCAUUGAUCUUUUUAGGGGAGCUCUGAAAGGUUUCCGGUUCCCCCACAACAUGACUCAGUCCUUGCAAGUGUUAACCGUAAUUUUCACCACAGGGUGCUAUCCAAACUCCAAUGGACUGCAGUGUCAGUGUGAGGAGCAGUUUUCAUGGUCAUGUGACAAGUGUUACCGCUACGGUGCGUGCGGUAAUGUCACCAGUCAAACCUGUGGGUGUAUAAAUGGACUUCCUGCAAAUGGACAGUUCUGUGAACCAAUCUCAAAUAUCACUCAAUGUCCAAAUACAACAUCAUCAACAACACCAAUUACCACACCUUUGACAAAUACAACACCAGUGACGAAUGGAACAACACAAGUGACGAAUGGAACAACACUAGUGACGACACCAGUGACAAAUACAACAACACCAGUGACCACAAGUUUGACAAAUACAACACCAGUGACGAAUGGAACAACAAUGACGACACCAGUGAGGACCACAACACCAGAGAUACCACCAGUGACAACAACACCAUUGGCAACAUCAAUGACAACACCAAUGACAAAUACAACAACACCAAAACCAACAACACCAAUGAUGAUGACAACACCACCACCAACAACAGAGGCAAGACAUUUGUCCCUUGCAAUGGACAUAGAAUUUGAUUCUUCAUACAGUAACCCAAACAGUAUGGUUUACCGAAACAUUAACAACGCAAUUCAACAACAAAGUCAGGCACACAUCUCCAAUCUACAAACAGCAAAAAUAACUGGGUUCCGGCCCGGAAGCACUAUUGUUGACUAUACUGUAACCGCCACCUCCAUCCAAAAUGAGCAAAUUAAAGCAGUUGAAUCAGGGAUAUUUACUAAGCUGGCAGAAACAUAUCCUAUGAUAACUGACAGCCCAUCAAACUUAACGUUUGACCCACCUGAACUAUUUUUUGGUGAAAGUGUGACUGUGACAUGUGGCCCUCUACCGAAGGAUCGCGGUUUUAGUACCAACUGGAUUGCAGAGUGGAGACGCAAUGACGUGUUGAUACUGGAAGAUAGUGAGCACAGCUUUUCAAAAACAAGCGAUACAGCAACAUUAACUGUAUCAAAAUUCUUUAGUACUGACAAUGGAGAAUAUGAAUGUAAGCUGAGAGACAUCAGUCCUACAAAGAAAUUAGUUUUCAGAGAGAGAUCCAAUGGACAAUUCACUGUCAAAGAGACACCUGUGAUCCGUGUGAAACCAGUCAGGAAAAAGGUCGGAUGUGUGGUUGGAGGCAAAGAGGAACUGCAGUGCUUCGUCAACAGCCCCUACAGAGUUGCAUUUGAAGGCCAAUCUGCCUCAGGUGGCAGCGUCACCGACACGUUUACAAUAUCUGACUGUAACACGCAGACGUUCACUUGUAACGUGACAAACUAUGAGAGAUUCAGCAAAAAAAUAACACUGGAAUUAUCUUUAGAGGACUUUCUGUGUGAAAAUGAUCCAGUCUACGGUAAUGGGAAUUUAAAUGACAUAGCUGUAGAUGCCUGUGAAGAGAACAAGGUGGGAGAAAAGAUAGCAACUUGUAGUACAGCAGGCGAAUGGAAAGAACAGAACAACUGCGUCCUAAAACCGAUUCAGGAUCUGCUCGAUCAGUCUGAGAACUUGAAUAGCAAUUCACUGCCAGAAUUCUUGAAGCAACUCAGAAGUAUCACUCUCAAUUUUACUUCGGAUGUGGUUGAUUCUCCUGCAACCAUUAAUGCAGUUGUUGAAAUCCUCAACAAUGUAGCCAACACUACAUCAUUAUCUCUUCUCUCAAUAACUAAUAAUUCAAUGGAGGAUAUCCUAUUAACUGCAGGAAUCCUUACAAGAGAUGAUGCAAGGGAAUCAUGGGUGUUGCUUAACGAUAAUGACAACAUAAACCCCUUAGGAACAAGACGUAACCUCCUCGAAGCUCAAAGUGCAAGCUCAGGAUUAUUGCAGUCUCUUGAGACUUUAACAAGUCGUCUUUCCAAUGACUCUUUUGACAUUAACACAACCUCCAUUAUCUUGAGUAAAACUACGUUCACCGACACGUUCGAUGCUGAGUUUAAUUCCUCAGUGGAGAUAGAAAUACCAGAGUCUGAUGGAGAGAAAAAGUCAAUCACUGUGAUCACAUUUGCCUCAAUGGAUAAUGUACUCCCUGCGAGAGACAAAGAUACUUCAACCUCCAAUUUCAUCAAUGGGAGAGUCGUACUUGUUCAGUCCAGUGGCACCAUCAAUAAUAUUUUUUUUGGGUUUCAUAUCAUAAAUGAUACUCUGGGGAACCCUCAGUGUGUUUUCUGGAACUUCAGGCUCUUCGAUGGUCUAGGGGGAUGGGACAACACGGGAUGCAAGUUCAUAAACAACGAAAAUCAAAGCGUCACCUGCAACUGCAACCACCUGACCUCUUUCUCAAUCCUAAUGUCACCCUACAGUCCCGAUGACCUUGAUUUGAAAAUUAUAACCUAUUUUGGAGUUGGCAUAUCCAUUGCUUCCCUGGUUAUAUGCCUCAUCAUUGAAGCUGUCAUAUGGAAAAGAAUAAGAAAGAACAACACAUCCUACUUGCGUCAUGUUACCAUUGUUAACAUUGCUGUGUCUCUCUUGAUUGCAGACAUUUGGUUUAUAAUUGGAGCAGCUAUUUCAGAUGCAGACAAGAAAAACCCAUCAGCAUGCAACGCAGCUACAUUUUUUAUCCAUUUUUUCUACCUUGCCCUGUUCUUCUGGAUGCUAGCCUCAGCUCUGCUGUUGCUUUACCGCACAGUCAGUGUUUUCGACGGGGGUUUGUCUAAAAAAUCUAUGCUGGCUAUUGGAUUCUCCCUAGGCUAUGGGGCACCUCUCAUCAUCGCAAUCAUAACAGUAGCUGUAACUUCCCCCAGACAAGUGUACAUACAACAAAAUAUGGUUUGCUGGCUCAACUGGGGAGAGUCCAAAGCUCUACUGGCAUUUGUGAUCCCUGCAUUGUUAAUAGUGGUGAUAAACCUUGUAAUCCUGUUCGUGGUGAUCUACAAAAUGUUGAGGAGAAGAGCAGUGGGAAACGCUGCACAAGCAGCUGAGAAGCAUGCUCUCGUGGUUAUUGCCAGAACAUUAGCUGUACUCACACCAAUUUUUGGAGUAACUUGGAGUCUUGGAGUCGGAAUCUUGAUCGAACCACGCAAUAGAGGAAUCCAUAUUUCAUUUGCAUUCUUCAAUUCACUGCAGGGUUUCUUUAUACUGCUGUGUGGAACGCUGCUUGACAGAAAGGUGCGGUCAGAAAUAACAAUAAAGUCACACACCUCCAGAAGUGGGACAAGGACCACCAGUGCUCCAACAUCAUCGUCAAGUGCAUUGAGCUUUUUCCGGAAUUGGAGAAGAGGAAGAGAUGGUUACAAUGUAUCAGCUAGUUCCUCCAGUGCAUCUCAGUCCUUCACCAACACAUGAUGAUCUCCGCAGACUGUUUUGAUCAGUCAGAAGGACAACUAACCAUUGUGCUCAAACCCGCUGUUUCUUUUUUAUUUUCUUUCUUAAGUGCAGCUAUAAUGUAUGAAGGUUAUAUUUGAAAUAUAGGCCUAAUGUAAAAACCA